AUGCCUCCCUCUGUUACUGAAGAAAUGUAUAAAUAUCAGGAUGUACUUGAAGGAAUAUUUCGAGCUAUGGAUAAAGAUAAUUCAGGUCGUAUAUCGUUGAAUGAAUUCAAGCAUGCAUGUUUACGCCUACCCAAUUGGACAAAGAUUGAUGAACAAAUUGUUAUGGAUAUGGCACGUUCAAUCGACAUAAACAAGGAUGGUUUAAUUGAUUUUAAUGAAUUUCUUGAAACAUUUCGACUAGUCGAAUCGGAUCAUAAUCGUAAUGAAUCAUUAACGGAUCAACAAAUAGAGGAAUGA